AUGUGGUGGCUAGACGUUUGUCCGGAGCCUGUGCUGGCCGUGCUUUGCAGAAGCGAGCAGAUACAUCAAUCCGAGUUCUCGCUUGCGCCAAAGUGCCAGAGUGUUACUGUAGAGUCAUCCACAGAUGUGGGUCCAACUGGAUGGGCUCCUGCGACUCAAGAAGCAAGGUCAUGUUUGCCCGACGACCUUGCAGCUUUUCAUUCUGUGAUGAUUGUCACGGCGUCGGGUGCAAAGGGACUCGGAUUGGGUCCAAACAAGGCGUGCUGCGAGCGAGCGGCUUAUGUGGCACAUGCAGCCUCCUCCCGCUGUCAUAGUUUGCAUGGGCUGCCUCAGCAUGUGUUGGCUUCCUUGCAAACGGCAGCCAAAUCCGCAGAGAUGCUUUGCCCCGUUGAAUCACGGUACGAUUUUGUUUCUCAGAAGAUCCCAGACGGCUGUGCACAGGACCUUUAUGCUGCUGUGUGGCAUGUUGGAGGGCAGGAGGAAUGCAGGGGCUAUUUCCAUGAGGAAGAGGCCACAGUCUUAGAGAGGUUCCGCCAGCUACAUGGCGGCCCCUACUGUGCACGAGUGCUUGAUCCCAUUGGCCAGACUGUGAAGCAGUUCGGUCACUUCAACAAGAAAAAUUGGCGCUGGUCUGAGUUGCAUAAGUGGUGGCAGUCCCACAAAGCUCCAAAUUCCUCGUCAGCUUCCGCGCCCCGGUCCAGAUCACCGCCAGGACGAAGGAAGACCGCCCGUUUCCAUGCCUUUGUUAGAAAUGGUUCUCCGUACUCGUGUUCUGUUGAAGGGAAAGCUCCAUGGCCGGGUUCACGGUCAUCUUCACAGCGCGAGGACACAGAAGGCAGAAAUCAAUGCUGCGGCGAAGAGCAGCCAACCCGCUCCAAUUUCUGCUUCGUGUGCGGCAAAGAGUUACGCAGCGAGAUGCCAGCGCCCAAAGAAGUGGAGGUGGUCGGAUUUGUCUUUGAAGGCGGUGAGAAGGUCCUAUGUGAGGAAGACGAUUGGGACGAAUUGCGCCGAAUAGUGUCACAGAAGCAUGUCAAGACGGAGCUGGAUCAGGAGGACGAUUUCGAGCUUGGCAAGAGUUUAGAUCCUCUCCCGAUCGUCGAGGUGCCAGUGGAAGAUGUUUGGUGUUUGCAAUCGCGAAUUAGUUCCAAGCUCCGUACUGGCCAGUCAUUAACUGACCUAACGGCGCAGCUCAAAAACGGCCAUGUGAAUCCGAAGAAGGCUGGCUUUCUCUUACUCAACAUGGCCAAAGCGCAGUGGUACGACAGGCGCAAAGGUGUUAAGGUCACAAGGUUUUACACGUUCGACCACCGGCGCCUUUGGUGCAUGUGGAAGGCCGGAUUUCACACGGUUCGUGCCAGAGUUGUGCUGGAAGGCUCAAUGUUCAGUGACUUUGCACGGAAGGCCGACGAGUUCGGGGUCCAUGUCAGCAAGCUGCGAGUGAAUCGCUUGUCAUGA